CGAGGUGCUCGAACGGAACUGGUCGCGGACCCCACAAGCAAAAAUAAUACCAACGAGGAAAUGAAAACGUCAAAAUCAUCAUCACUAUCGUAGAUUCAUUCAAUGGUGGUAUAUCUAACCGAUUUGCUGUCCGCACUUGGCUCUCAGGCAAUCGAGCGCGGCUUGAGCAUUUUCGGCAUCAUCAUUGUUGUCAAUGGCGGUUUGGUAGUGUAGCACCACCUUCUGGUUGGUACUCUCACACUCCACUUCCGAUACCUGAUCGCAACCACCGGCUCGUUCAAUAUAUCCUUUGAACGCCCAUUCGCAGACGCACCAAUUCACAAUGGGGCAAUUAUUGGUGCUGCUGCUGUGAUCUUCGUCGUGGCAAGUCUUGUCCUCGUCGCACCAAUUGGGUUGUCCUGUGACGGUACAAAAGUUGCCGUUUUGCGCCGAGGUCAAAUCGAUGCACACAUUGUGGGAUCCCGUGUCGCGGUCCUUAUCCAUACAUUUCCCAGUACGGGUGAAUCCGGUUCGGGCCAUGCCGUCCGAGCUGCAUUCCUUCAACGGCUCUCCAUACACAUUCAGAUCGGCAGUGACAACCGCAACACUACCAAUCGCUAGCAAUAGCAGCAACAAGGAAGCAACAGGUCGCAUCAUGAUGAUCGAACCAAUCUGAUCAGUGUGGAUUUACGCUGGCUGGGAAAGCCAUAGAUAGCCAUGCAGCCUGAGGCUCGUGUUGGCUUGGACCACUUCAACCGAGAGGAAGCAACCGGUCAAAUAUCUUUUUCGGGAUACUGGCUAGCUACUAGCUAGCUAGUACUUAUUGCCUUGACUUGCAGGGUUUCUCUCGAUUCCCGCAGGAAGAACCACUGAGUCACUCAGCCUCAGUCCUCGAUCUUCCUGGAUCCUCUCGCAGAAAAUAUGUUGGUGUGUUUCCUCUGCGAGGUUUUAUCUAUAUGCUUUCAUUCCCGAACAGAACCCUCUUUAUGUCUUCGAGUGACGUCACAACCAGAACCACGCGGCAUUGUCAUUCCACAUCGUUGCAUGCAGCUCUCAUUCCACCCUGCCGCUAAUCCCGAGUGGACGACACCUCCGAUUGUCGAGUUGCGCAGAACCAUGUUGAAGCUACCACUUACCGAGCGGCGUGAGGCAACACCGUGCACUUCAAGUGGCAAACAAGCAGACGACGACAACCAAUUUUAAGUGAGCUGAUCCUUCUUCUCACAAUCCAAAAACAAAGCAACAAACAACAGCAACAAACAAACAAACAAGCAAACAGAAACAAAAUACAGCAUAGAUCUGAAGAAGCAACAACAAGCCCACAAAGCAAUAUCGAUAACAACAGCAACAACAACAACAUCAUCAACAGCAACAGCAACAGCAACAGCAACAAGAGAAACCAGACAGCCAAACCAUACCCAAUUUCAUCACCGAAACACGACAAUCCUGCAGCCCAAAAUGAAGUUCAUUCCAAGCAUCGUAGCCAUCUUCCUUUUGAGCGCCCAAAGCCAAGUGACGCCAACCCAAGCAUACCUGAGGGUCAGGCGCACGGAGGCUCCAUCUCAAGCACCCUCUCAAGCACCUUCCAGUGUGCCCAGCACUGCUCCAAGCCACCAGCCCAGUCAAGCCCCUAGUGCAUCCCCAAGCAACGCACCCAGCAGCUCCCCAAGUCAAUCUCCCACAGUGACCAAUGAGGAGGACUUGCCUUGGUGUGAUGAACUUGAUCUUGAGGAGUCAGGUAUGCCCAGCGCAGUUCCUUCUCAAAGUCCAUCAAUGGUCCCCAGUUCUGCGCCCUCCCAAACCCCAUCUGCUGCACCAAGCAAUGCACCAUCUUGGAAUCCAUCGGCAAGUCCAUCGGCAAGUCCAUCAGCCAGUCCUACAUGGUCUUGGAGCCCCUCCGCAUCUCCCUCCGCCAGUCCAUCCAUGAUGCCUUCUCAGGCACCAUCAGAGAGCCCUACAAGCCUUCAAGAAGACUGCAGGUGCUAUGAAGGGACAUUCAGUCAAGUCCUGAGCCAAGCUCCAUCAGCCGCACCAAGUCAAGCGCCAUCCUUGGCUCCAAGUAUGGCACCCAGUGCAUCCCCAAGUGCAUCGCCAUCAGCAGCCCCUUCUGGUGCUCCUUCCAUGGCGCCCUCUGUAGCCCCUUCUGCUUCGCCUUCUGCCAUGCCUUCCCAGGCAGCUAUUGCCAGCAACAAGUGUAUCUGCUGUGUUUGCUCCGAUGGGGUUACUAGCUAUGCGCCAAGCCAAAUGCCAUCGUCUGCACCAAGUCAAGCACCAUCGUUGGUUCCAAGCAUUGCUCCCAGUGCAACUCCAAGUGCCUCCCCGUCAGCAGCCCCCUCAGGCGCUCCUUCCAUGUUCCCUUCUGCAUCUCCCUCUAUGUCUCCUUCUGCUGCGCCUUCCCAGGCUCUUUCUGCCAGUGACAUGUGUAUUUGCCCGGAGAUGCCAGUUCGCAAAUGCCGAAAUCGCAAAAAGCAGACCUAUCUUCGACCAACCAGCAGUCCCACUAGGAAUCCAACAGCCAAACCCACAACCAAGCCCACAACCAAGCCCACAUCUAAGCCUACGUCCAAGCCCACAACCAAACCUACAACCAAACCCACCACCAAGCUGACAACCAAGCCUACGUCUAAACCCACAACCAAACCUACCACCAAACCUACCACCAAACCUACUCGACCCCAAAACAAUAACCAUCCACAACAGAACAAUCCCCACCCUCACACACAGUCAAAUCCCCACCCUCACACACAAUCAAAUCCCCAUACAAACACACACACAAAUGUGCAUCACGACACCCAUACAAAUCCCCCGCAACCAAAACGAACUAAUCCACCUGUACGCAAUACACAAAAUCCUCACCCCCAAGUGACACACUCUAACAAGCCAACCACAAGCCCAGGGAAUCCUCCACCUACAAACCCACCAACAUCAAUUAUGACCACUAACAGACCAGCUGAAACAACAGUCAACAACACAACAAAAUCCCCACAAAAAGUUGAUCCAACCAAUACAAAAAACCCUACAUUGACAAACACUGCCACGGAAGUGCCAACUUCCCCUCCUUCUUCAGUGGAAAUGACUCAAAAGACUACCUUCGCACCCAAUGUGGCCAAAAACACUCCCACUACUUCAAGCCCAACCAUUGCACCAACACAGCUAGUGACUGUACCACCUACUCGGCAAACACUGAGCCCUUCUGAAGCUCCAAUGCUUGAAGUACCAACAUCAGGUGCGCCAACCAGCGCCAGCCCAAUGGUUUCACCAACAGUGGCUCCAACCAAUGGAGCUACCAAAAUCUUUGCUAAUGUUCCUACUGAAGAACCAACACUGCCAAAGAAGCUGACUGCUGCCCCAUCUGCACUUACAACACCUAGUACGCCUGCCCCAACAAGAGGACCUGACUCUGUGACUACAACUCCCUCCAGCAGCAGCACCAUACCACCUACAACCACAGCAACUAGCACUCCAUCGCAUAUCAGCCACCCGACAUCCAAGCCUGAUAACUAUGUACAAAAUACAAUCCCCCCCACAGCUGCUGGAAGCCAGAGUUUCACCAGCCCACCAACAGCUUUGCAAUCAACCAAGUCACCUACAACUUCAAUUACUUUGGAUCCACAAGAAAAAUCAACAGAAUCUCCCACCUUUGCUCCAACACUUGCACCAACUCCAGCAACUGGAACUUCUGUGUUCACCACUCAACCCACGGAGUCCCCAACAAUGACCAUGACUUCUCCUCCCACUACCAUCCCAACUAACUCCCCAUCGCUUGUAGACAUCCCAACAGCAAGCCCAACAAACUCAACGCAAAAGACAUCUUCCCAACCUAAAAUUCAUAACCAGGUUCCAACCAGCUCUCCAACAGCAGGGCAAUCCACGGGUCCACCCUCUUCAACAGCAACUGUCUCUCCUACUCCUGAAACAACAACAAGUUCACCAACGGAAGGACCAACUACUAUUUCCCCGAAUCUAGCAACGACAAGGUCCCCAACAACAAAUGUGCCAACCUCAAAUGCUACUUUGGCUCCCACUUUUGCAACAACAAAAGCCUCCUCAAUAAACCCCUCCACGAAUCUACCGGCAACUACCAGUCCUCAAACUUCAGCUUCCACAACUACUCCAACAAAAGGACCAACUGGUUCUCCAACCGGCCAACCAAUCACAAAUGUCACAACUUCAGCUCCCACAGCAGCAACUACAGUUCCAUCUACUGGUUCUCCAACAUCACCAUCCACAACAAACCCCCCUACCUCAACUGUCACGAAUACACCAUCAGGAGCACCAACAUCUGCCUUCACACCAGCUCCUACUUCUUCAAACCAAUCACAAACUCUAUCCCCAACAAUAGCACCAUCCACUAGCUCCCCAACAAAAACACAAGCAACUACCAAUGCCACAACUUCAUCUCCCACAGCUACGAUGACAGUUUCAUCUACUGGUUCUCCAACAGCUCCACCAACAACAAACGCCACAACCUCAACUGUCACGAAUGCUCCAACAGUAGCAUCAACAGCUGCUGUCACACCAACUACCAGUUCUCCUUCAUCCCAAACCCAAACUCUAUCCCCAACAGUAGCACCAACAGCUGCUGUCACACCAGCUACCACUUCUUCUUCAAACCAAACACAAACUCUAUCCCCAACAGUAACACAAUCCACUAGCUCCCCAACAAAACCACCAGCAACCACCAAUGCCACAACCUCAGCACACACACAUGCCCCAACCUCCACUCUCACUUCAUCACCCACUAAUGCACCCACUAAUGCCACCAAAAGUCCGACAAGUUCUACAACAAAAGCAGCCACUGAUGCCCCCACAAUGAGUCCAACAAGUUAUCCCACUCAAGUCCCAUCACAAACUCUAACUCACGCCCCACAGACAACUUUCGCUGGCUGUGCUGGAUACAAAAUUUGCCAAUCUGAUGCAGACUGUGGUCCCAAGGAUUCCUGUGUAACCCAGGGAACUGGAGCUGGAUGGCAAGCGGCCUGGCCAGCUCACUGCCCAAGUCAAAACAAACUGUGCCUUCCAAAACCAACCAUUUCCCCAACCUCCACUCCCUUAACACCACCUCUAGCUAAUGCCACAACUGAUGCCCCCACCAAUGAUCAACGAAGUUCUCCCACUCAAUCCCAUCACAAACUCGAUCACGCCCCACAGACAACUUUCGCUGGCUGUGCUGGAUACAAAAUUUGCCAAUCUGAUGCAGACUGUGGUCCCAAGGAUUCCUGUGUAACCCAGGGAACUGGAGCUGGUUGGCAAGCGGCCUGGCCAGCUCACUGCCCAAGUCAAAACAAACUGUGCCUUCAAAACCAACCAUUUCCCCACCUCCACUCCCUUAACACCACCUCCUAG